GGUCGCGUCAUUGUCCACAGCCAAGUCCCAGGCAGCUCCAGCCAACCUCCCUUACGGCCAGCGGCCUCGAUGUCCUUCCCCCGGUGUGCCCUGUUGUGGGCUCGGCUCCCCGCGGGGCGCCGGGCUGGCCACCGGGCUGGCCACCGGGCAGCGGUCUGCUCUGUUUUUCGCGCCCGCGUUGAACCCGUGCCUGGGGCUCUGGGGCGCGUGUGUGCCGUUGCCUCCGCCUCCUCUUCCUCUUCUUCCGCCUCAGGAGGCUCCAAAGCUCCGAACACGUCCUUGUUCGUGCCGCUGACUGUGAAACCUCAGGGCCCCAGCGCGGAUGGCGACGUCGGGGCCGAGCUAACCCGCCCUCUGGAUAAGAACGAAGUAAAGAAGAUCUUAGACAAGUUUUACAAGAGGAAAGAAAUUCAGAAACUGGGUGCUGAUUAUGGACUCGAUGCUCGUCUGUUCCAUCAAGCUUUCAUCAGCUUUAGAAAUUAUAUCAUGCAGUCUCAUUCUCUGGAUGUGGACAUUCACAUUAUUUUGAAUGACAUUUGCUUCAGUGCAGCUCAUGUGGAUGAUUUAUUUCCAUUUUUCUUGAGACAUGCGAAACAGAUAUUUCCUGUGUUGGACUGUAAGGAUGACCUACGUAAAAUCAGUGAUUUAAGAAUACCACCAAACUGGUACCCAGAAGCCAGAGCCGUACAGCGGAAGAUAAUAUUCCAUUCAGGCCCAACAAACAGUGGAAAGACUUACCAUGCAAUCCAGAAAUACUUGUCAGCAAAAUCUGGAGUGUAUUGUGGCCCUUUAAAAUUACUGGCACAUGAGAUCUUCGAAAAGAGUAAUGCUGCUGGUGUUCCGUGUGACUUGGUAACAGGAGAGGAACGUGUGACCAUAGAGCCAGAUGGGAAACAGGCUACCCAUGUUGCUUGUACAGUUGAGAUGUGCAGUGUUACAACUCCUUAUGAAGUGGCCGUGAUCGAUGAAAUUCAAAUGAUCAGAGAUCCAGCCAGAGGAUGGGCUUGGACUAGAGCACUUCUAGGGCUCUGUGCUGAAGAAAUCCAUUUGUGUGGAGAAUCUGCCGCUAUUGACCUGGUUACUGAGCUUAUGUACACGACUGGGGAGGAAGUGGAGGUUCGAAACUAUGAGAGGCUUACCCCCAUUUCUGUGCUGGAUCAUGCAUUAGAAUCAUUAGACAACCUUCGGCCUGGGGACUGCAUUGUCUGUUUUAGCAAGAAUGAUAUUUAUUCUGUGAGUCGACAGAUUGAAAUUCGGGGAUUGGAAUCAGCUGUUAUAUAUGGCAGUCUCCCACCUGGGACCAAACUUGCUCAAGCAAAAAAGUUUAAUGAUCCUGAUGAUCCAUGCAAAAUCCUGGUUGCUACAGAUGCAAUUGGCAUGGGACUUAAUUUGAGCAUAAGGAGAAUUAUUUUUUAUUCCCUUAUAAAACCCACUAUCAAUGAAAAGGGAGAGAGAGAAAUAGAACCAAUUACUACCUCUCAGGCCUUGCAGAUUGCUGGCAGAGCUGGUAGAUUCAGUUCAAAAUAUAAGGAGGGAGAAGUGACAACAAUGAAUCGAGAAGACCUCAGUUUAUUAAAGGAAAUUUUGAAUAGGCCCGUGGAUCCUAUAAAGGCAGCCGGUCUUCAUCCAACUGCUGAGCAGAUUGAAAUGUUUGCUUACCAUCUCCCUGAUACAACACUUUCUAAUCUCAUUGAUAUUUUUGUAGACUUUUCACAAGUUGAUGGGCAGUAUUUUGUCUGCAACAUGGAUGAUUUUAAAUUUUCUGCAGAGUUGAUCCAACAUAUUCCAUUAAGUCUCCGAGUGCGGUAUGUUUUCUGCACAGCUCCGAUCAACAAGAAGCAGCCCUUUGUCUGUUCUUCAUUGUUACAGUUUGCCAGGCAGUAUAGUAGGAAUGAGCCACUGACCUUCUCAUGGUUACGCAGAUAUAUUAAAUGGCCAUUACUUCCACCUAAGAAUAUUAAAGAUCUUAUGGAUCUAGAAGCUGUCCAUGAUGUCUUGGAUCUUUACCUGUGGCUAAGCUACCGGUUUAUAGAUAUGUUUCCAGAUGCCAGCCUUAUUCGAGACCUCCAGAAAGAAUUGGAUGGCAUUAUCCAAGAUGGUGUACACAACAUCACCAAACUGAUUAAAAUUUCAGAGGCACAAAAGCUGUUGAAUUUGGAGAGCUUGUCAGCAGAGAACCAGUCACGAUUGUCAGGAACUGUGAAGGGCCAAGCUAGAAGGAUGCGUGGAGCCAAAACAUUAGGGAAUAAAGCUGUUGAGACACCCAGCCCCAGUGUGGGAGAGAAAUCCCUGGCUUCCAGAUUGGUACAGCAAGGCCUUCUCACUGCAGACAUGCUGAAACAGCUAGAAAAAGAGUGGCUAACACAACAAACGGAGCAUGGCAAAGACAAAACAGAGCAUGGAACUCACUCAAAAGGGACAAGAAGGAAGAAGAAGGAACCUAAUUCAGAUUAGUUUUACUUUAUUUUUGCAAAUAAAAAUAUUUUAAAACCUUUUUUUUUCUCAUAUGUAUUUACUCGUUGCUAUGGUAUUGUGGCUAUCUCUUACUGUUGUGUUUUUUGUUUGUUUUUGUGGCGUGGGAAAAUAAGCUCUUAAAGAUUUAUUUAAGAUUUAAUUAUUUUAACAUUUAAAAAUUACAAAUUACAAAUGUCUUAGAGAUUUUAUUUAAAAUUUAUAUACUGGCCAUUUGUAGUAUAGCACUAAGAUAAUGCAUUGUAAGGAACUGUGUUUGGGAAUAAAAUCCAUUUGGUGAAUUGUUUUGAUCA